AACUACUGAACCAAGUUGUCCGACUCUCCCUCGGUGCGUUUCUCUCGCUCAAGAACCUCAGGGUUCCGACCAACGGCGGAGCCUCCGUCUCCGUGGCUGUUCCGGCCGACGCAGCCGACGGCCCCGGCCGACGCAGCCGACGGUCCCGGCCGUCGAGCCGUCUGCGAAGGAAGCGCCGGUGUCGAAUUCGAGGGCUCCCUCGCUCGGUUUCUUUCCAGAUCUGAGGCGAGCCAUCCUCGUCGGCCCGUGAUUUUCCUCUUGGUUCUUAGCGCCCACCGGAGCAAAAACACCGGUGAUCGGCCAUGGCCGGAGCUGACAAGCCGCCGUGAGUCGGGUGCUUUCUCGCGGAAGAUGGAAGCCGUUCCUUUCUUUUUUGAAUCGAUCAUCUUGCUCCUUCUGUCAGCACGCUCAUCGACCAACUCUGGUCUCGUAAUCGGCCAUCAUUCGCCCUUACUUGCCGAUAUGUGCCGAUAUUCACACCAAAAGUCAUCGGCAAACACAUUCUGUGUCGAUGGGUUAGCUCAUUUUCGGUAUAAAUACAUGCCCAUUUGAAAAAGAUUCAAUUUUUAUCUGCCCUUCUGUCCAUAUCCAUCCUGCCCACUUAAACCACAGAGCUUCGUCUUCAACUUUGGUCGUUCUUAAUGGCAUCCGACUCUUCCGACUUCACAGCUGCAACCUACGUCGCCCGCUUCGACCAGCUACGGAGCGGAGAAUGUGGUGACAACUGUUGCCUUGACAUCCAGAACGACAUCGACGGGGAUGGCUCUCGGCUUGUCUCGGGGCCUUGCUUCAAACGAUCCUCGCCGAUCCCACCGGUCUUUGACCGUUGUUUUCCUCGCUCGCGCGAAGAGCUCCUUCCUUUCCAACUUCCCACCGUUCGGGAUGUCUGGACCGCCGAGUCGCAGCGAUUCAGGGGAUUUCCCUCCUUCGACCCCGAGUUCUACCGAUGGUACCGGAGAAUGACGGCUCAAGAUCGAAUAAUCUCUCUCUGGAAGAAGGCCGGCAUCGAAAGGGCGCUUCAGUUUAGUUGCUUCGACUGGAAUCUGAACUUGGGCCUUUUGGGUUCCGUAGUCUGCUUGUGGUCUCCGUCAACCAACUGUUUCUUCUUUCCCUGGGGACCGAUGUCGAUCACCCUUCUGGAUGUGCAUGCCAUAGCCGGUUUCAUGCCCACUGGCUUGGCUGUAAAGGACAUUGGCUCCCCCAGAUACCUCGAGUCCAUCGAUGACAAUGCCCUUUCUUACGGGAGCUUCAUGAACACUUUCCGUCAACCAUCUGGACAAGUUGAGGAUGACGAGCAUACUGCCUUCCUGCUCUACUGGCUAUCCAAAGGCAUCACGCACGCCUCUUUGGCUAUGCGCGGAAAAGAAUCCGGUACCUUCUUCGGAUCCUUUUGGCUUCUACAGGCUUGGAUUGUCCUCUACUUUCCUUUUCUGUUCUCGAAUCGAAAUCACGAAUUGCCCAAAUAUAAUAACUUGAGCCUGCAGCCCCACGUCCCUGAGUUCAUAGGAAGUCAAUUACUUAGUCGACUUCCGUUACCGAUUCCAGAGGGCAAUCCCCCUUUGACGUAUUUUCUUCGAGUUCUCUUUGACUUUGAUCGAGACAAGUUCGACUUUUGUCCCUUUAAGUCUGAAAGCUUCUCUUAUCUCUAUCGUUUUCCUUCUCGGGAAGAAUUUGGUGAUUUCUGGGUUAAGGUGCUUACUCCUGUUGACCUUCCGUUGAGAUUGUCCAAAAAGGGAAGGUUCUACCAUGGUUUCGAGAUAUAUUCCCCACAGUAUUGUGCUAGACAAUUUGGAUUGGCCCAAGGUAUACCCAUGCCGAUCUAUUAUUCCGUGGAGUUUCCUUUCACAGAGAAGACCAAGUAUAAAUCUACCGAAAAUGGGCCUUUCAGCUGCUGCUCUGAAAUUACUGAAAGUAUGUAUGCCCGAUUUUCUGUGGAUGAAUUCAGUCCUGAUCCACAAUCCACUCCUGACUAUGAUCAAUGGUGGGGACUUUAUUACCGUCGGUAUUUUAUAAACGCCAGGUCUGCUCUCAAAAGGAUAAAACCGUUUACUUCUCCAAUAAAAGGGAAAUCGGUUGGACAAGGAGAGGAAGAUGAACUCCAUAGUCACCAAUCUGUUGAACCUAAACUGUUGACGAUUGAGGAAAACGAAGGAUCAUUGGACGGCCUGCCAAUGUCCUCUGCUCAAGUUCAAUCUCCUCGACCACGUUCUCGGAAGAAGAAAAGUAGGGCCAGGAGAGGAAAAGGUAAUCGCUCUGCUCUGUGCUUCCACCGAUCUAUAUUCCUUUUUUCACUUACCUUGCCUUCAUAUUACAGCGGUUUCCCAACCAAUCACUCCUUUGCGAACCCGAAAGAAACGGUCGACUGGGAUCCAAAUUACUGA